AUGUUUAACGCUCGAGUGAAAACUGGAAUUGCCAUUAUUGCCUUCUAUAUCCCCUCCCUUCUGGUUGCGGCUCACUAUCUGUUCCGCCGCCAUGGCCGUCCCCGUCUGGCUUGGUACAUUUUGCUCAUGUUUUCGCUCAUCCGGCUGGCUUCUGGGAUAAUCAUUAUCGUUUACGAGCAGCAGCCCAGCGUUGGACUGGGUGUUCCCGUCAUCAUCCUGUCGAAUCCCGGUGCAUUUCCCCUUAUCGCUGCCACUAUUGGCUUUAUACGGAUUAUAAUUGCACAGGAACAUAAGAUCAACCCCCGAGUCCACCAGGGCUUGGCCAUAUCGCGUAUGCUGUUCUUCGUGGGAAUUCCUCUCCUAAUUGCCGGAGGAAUUUUGAAGGGCCAAGACAGCUACCACCUCGUGUCAACGGGCGAUAGGCUUGUCAAGGCAGGGUAUAUCAUUAUUGCCGUGUUUGUCGGCUGCUUGCUAGCCUUCAUUACCUACUUCUGGAAUCAUUACUCGACGCUUACUCCGAGUAGUGCAACGGCGCUCCAAGCCAUGUCAUUGGCCUUUCCGUUCAUUGUCGUCCGCAUCACCUAUCUCUUUCUCUCUGAGUUCGAGGCGUCGAAUCUUAAAUGGGCUCUGACGGUGACGCUCGUCCCAUUUAUCCUCAUGGCGCUGGUCAUGGAAUAUGCCGUGGUUUGCAUUUACCUCAUCACAGGAAUACUAUUGCCGUCCUCGAAGUAUACUAGUAUGGCUGAGGGUGGCGUGUUCUUGCGUGAGCCAUAG